CCAUGGCUUACUAUCCUCCGCGGUGAAAAUAGAUCUUCCAACACCCGCUUUCGCUCACCCACUCCUGUGCUUUUUUUCCUCCUUUCGAUCGAAGGUCGAUGGCGAAGCCGUCGGCCGCCACAAUACUAAUCUACGCCACCGCCGCUCUCCUCACCCUCCUGCUUCUCGCCUCCGUACCCCCGAGGACCCCCCGUCGCCACCGCCAGCAGCACCACCGCCGCCUCAAGCUCAGCCACAACACCUCCUCCGCCUCCUCCCACCAUCAGAUCCCCUUCGAUCCCAUCAUCGCAGACAUCGAGCGCCGACGCGAGGCCCGGCAGUGGGAAGGGGACCAUUUCCGCCUCCCUCAUCACGAGGAGUCCCAGCCGGAAUGGGACGACUUCUUCGACCCCAAGGACUACGUCGACGGCGAGGAUCGCUUCAACAUCACCCACCGCAUCGUCGUCCUCUUCCCCCGCAUCGACGUCGCCCCCGCCGAUGGGUUCGUCAGCUCGACGGAGCUUGCCGAGUGGAACCUCCAGCAGGCCGCCCAGCAGGCGAUCCACCGGUCCGGCCGCGAGCUGGAGCUCUGCGACAGCAACGGGGACGGAUUUGUCUCGUUUGAAGAGUAUCGACAAUCUGUUAAAGCUUCGCCUAUUGAUGAAACGGGAUGGUGGAAGGAGGAUCACUUCAAUGCCUCAGAUACUGAUGGAAAUGGACUUUUGAAUUUGACCGAAUUCAAUGACUUCCUACACCCUGCUGACAGUGGCAACCCAAAACUGAUCCAGUGGCUGUGCAAAGAAGAAAUAAGGCAAAAAGAUGGAGAUGAAGAUGGGAAGCUUAACUUCAAAGAAUACUUUGUUGGAUUAUUUGACUCGAUACGAGAUGAUGACAGGCCCUACAAUCAUUCUGCCACCUUAGGACAAGCAAAAAUGUUAUUUUCAAGGCUUGACCAGGACAAUGAUGGGUUCUUAUCGGGAGAUGACCUCGUUGGUGUGAUUGGUAAAAUUCACCAUUCUGAACGCUACUAUGCAAAACAACAAGCUGAUUAUGCACUUUCAGAGGCUGAUUCAGAUAGAGACAGCCAGCUAAGUUUGAAGGAGAUGAUAGAACACCCGUAUGUGUUCUAUAGUUCUAUCUUUAGUGAUGAUGAAGAUGAAGAGUUUGAUGAUUUCGAUUAUCAUGAUGAAUUCCGUUAAUGCUCCACAAGUUGCACACUGGGUUUCAAUGAGCAACAGCGAGUGAGUUCUUCGUUUCCGGCAAACGUGCUCUUGAAGAUCACCUGCUCGGCACUGGGCUCCUUUAAGUUGAUUACCAAAGAAGCGAUAUAUUUCCAUUUAUAUGGUGCACUUUAAAUGUCAAAAUUUUAAAUUCCACUUUUUGUUUUUCCUUGUCAACUAACUUUAUCUUUACAAACCGUUCAGCUCUUGGCACAUGAUUAUUUAUGGUCAGUGAGCCAUUCUCUGCAUGCUACCCAGUCAGUCUUGUUUCACUAUUACGAAUUUUGCAGCUGCUCCAGCCACUACCAGUAAAUGACAGCUAAGGGUGCCAAUCGCUAUCCUAGCUUUACUUUGUGGAACAGGUUGUCUGAUGCAGCCAAGCUCUCAGCCGAUUGAUGACUUGCUUCUCUUGAUGAUUGAUUCAUGGAUUAGACUGGUCCUUCUGCUACUCUACUUUUCUCUGAUGAAGUACAAUUUUCCAAGCAGCCAUCCUCUUAAGAGAUUGGUGGUGACUGUUCAAUCAGCCAAUUUGUUUUCAUCAUGUAAAUCAAUGCAUUCCCCCCUAGAAUGACAGCAAAGUUGAUGAAGAAAAAUUCUUGUGUUGUAGAGACUAUUACCAUACGAGUGUCUCCAAAAAAAUUUAUACUAGGAUUCAUGUACUGUGCAUAUUUGUGGAAACCUACGCUUGCACCAACUGAUCUCAUUCAUAGAGUAA